AUGAUUUGCGGGUGUCUGUCUAACAGGUCGGACAAAAGUAAUAUUUCAUUAGCAUUUUUGCGUUUAGGGGGAUAUUCACUGAUAUCGGACUAUUUGUCAUUUCUUUUUUUUAGCUUCUUGGCAAAGUUUAAAAAGAGCUUUCAUCGGUGAAAAUGUUUUUCAGAAGGGCAGUAUCUCAGCUGAUAUUCAUGAAUAUUUCUGCUGGUAAUGAAUUUAUAAGAAAAGCGUAAUUUACAGUAGUACAUCUGGAUAAUGGCUAAAAAAACAUUUGCAUGACUAAAUGACUUCAAGACGUCAUUUUGGUUAGUUUCCGCUGAUGAAGGAGGAGUUCUGUUUUUAACCGUAUACAGAUUAGGGUGUAUCAGUCAAGGUUCAGAUGAAAAUGUUCCAGAACGAUUACCAUAACUAUUAACAGGUCUCACUUGAAACAUCUAAAAGUGUGAGAAACAUUUUCGGUUUGCAGCGACUUGCACAUGUUAAAGUUAGCUCAGCGAACUCAACAUUUUGCCCAAAACUAGUUGCACAGAAUGAAUGCGGCCCGAUGAAGAAUAGCCCAGGAAACUAGAGAAAUACCGACUGAAGAGAAACUUCAUUAUUUUUAUUCAUAACACAUGUUAUAUCAACCACACUAAUCAUGGCGGUUUAUUGAACGGAUGUUUGGACAACCGUACCUGAUUUUACCAUUUUCUGCUUAAAAGGUUCUGCUUUUUGGCGGUGGAAAAUAGAAGAGUUUUGUUUGUUCAGCGUUUACAUCAACUAAUGUUACAAAGCGGAAAGAUGUGAAGUUUUUAUUCUAUGUUUUGACAAGAUUAUUGUACGCUAAAGAAAGCGCAAAGCGUGUGGAAAACUUAGUAGUGAGCAGGUGAAGAUACUGGGUAAUUUCCCCUUUUCGUUCCACAUAUGUUAACGAAUGUCUUUUUUUAACAGCUUGCCAGAUAUUUCACAAAAAUACACAGAGGAAAAAUGGUGUUAUUUGCCAGACGCUCUUCUACUGAGAAUUUUCACGCAUCUGGACAUGGAAGAUCUAUCGCGCAUGUCAAGAGUCUGUAAACAGUGGUACCGAGUGAGCCUGGACGCUAAUUUUUGGAGAAGCAUUGAUUUCUCCCUUUGUAAGCGGAAGCAUAUUCGUGACAUCACUGUUAUUUGUUUAGUUUCACGUGUCAGCUCGUCGUCAAUCAUGCAUAUAGACAUAUCAGGACCCACUUGCUCCCGUAUUACAAACAUAAGCUUAUUUCACAUAGCGCGCCAGUGCCCAAAACUUCGCAAACUCUACAUCUCCAAUAGUAACCGUGUGACAAGCACCGGAAUAGAGAUGAUCGCACGACAUUGCCCUUAUAUAGAAGUCCUCGGCUUAUCCAAGUGUCCGAUGAUACUAAACCGAGGUCUUGGUUUCGUGGUGCGCCGCUCAAAGAUGCUUUGCGAGCUGGACGUUAGCGGCUGCGUGUGGGUCACUGACGGUGUUCUUGUGGAAAUUUCCCAACAGUGUCGUUACCUAACAUAUCUAAACAUCGAAGGAUGCAAAAAAGUGAGCGACACUGGUUUAAUCUCACUCGCAAACUUCUGCUCUAGUUUAAAGCACAUCAAUCUACGAAACACCAAGCAAAUUACAAAUGAUGGCAUGCAGCAAUUUUUGAGUAAGCUGCCUGAUCUAGAAGGCCUGGAAAUAGGUUUGGUGCGGAAAGGUCGUGGAACAGCAGCAGUGUUGAAUAUUGUCGCAACACACUGCACGAAUUUGACCUUUUUUGAUUACCAGGAUUGUGUUCCCACUGCGGUUGAGGAUGUGCUUUGUCAGAUCGCUGAACAAUGUCAAGGGUUGCGUUACCUCGGAGUUCGACAUCUGCGCGAGACUCUGCCAAACAAUUUGGUGCUCUCUUUAACCGAGCGCUGUCCCAGUCUCCUCAAAAUUGACGCAUCCUUGAGAUUUUAUAUAUGA